UUGGACAUUAGUGCUUUCGCAUUCACAACUUGUAAAAAGGGCUUGAUUUUCUUUGUGUUUCAGGAUUGCAGUCAUCUUGUAGCAUAUGGGGAAACUGCCGAGUCAUUGAGGCUGCACAAUGAAUGGCUACAAGACAAUGCUGGCUGCCAAGAUGAAGAGGCAGUAAGGCCGAGGCUGCUUGCAACAGCAAGAGAGAGGCAUGAUCAACUUCGCAGCCUUACGCUGUCAGAUGCUCUGUUGCUGUUCCCCUUUCUGGCAACUGAGGCAUCGCUUCUCGUGGAGUUUGACCUACUUUUCCAAAGAAACGUGAUGGAGGCAAUGGAGAAUGGCUGCAAGCAGCUUGGUUACACUAUUCUGAGCUUUGGAGAGCCAGAAGAGAUUGUGGCAUUUUCCGAAGUGGGAUCCGAGGAUGCUGUUCUGGCAGUUCUGCAGUUUGUAGCAAAGCGCUGCAAGGAGCCCAUAGAUAGCAUCAUUACGCAGGAAGAAGCCCCGCUGACCCCGUGUCUGGUGCAGGAUGAAGGAUUUGCACUGCACAUCGACAAGCAACUAGUGUUUCAAGUCUCCUCGCUGCUUUCGGGAGUAGCCUGCCUCUUUGCAUCCUUUUGGGUGUUUCAUGUGGAAUACCCACGAAAGGCGCACAAAAUGUUAACAUUCAUAGAACAUGCAUUUCUGAACUUAACGCACACAAAGCCGCGCGUCAAAGCUCUUCAACUAAUCAAUUUUUUCAGAGGCCAUGCAGACUCCCUGGAAGAGCCAUAGGCUACUAACCAGUGGCCACACUCAUGGCCUAAUAAACUUCUUUGCAGCCGAUUCUUGUGUAGUUUCACAGCCCAAAUGAUGCUUUGGUCCAAGGGCUGGGCAAUCUGAUGUGUUAGGAAGCAGAAAUGCUAACUUCGCAGCUGCAAAGUUAUCUAGUGUGGUGUGCGCCGAUGCAUUUAGGAUAACUGCAAUUCUGUUCGUCGCUGCAACAUAGUGGUCAGUGAGGCGCAUGUACGCCUCAAAAAGCUUUGCAGUCCAUGCUUUUGUAUUGCUGCAGUAGACAAGUCUAGACGGCAGUUGGGUGCUUUUCAAACAUCUUGGCAUGGCUGACUUCCCAAUCACAAGAAAUGAUUCACAUCGAAUGCAACUGAAAUCCUGUCAUUGGCAUGCUUACCGCCAGUGCAUGUGUCGUCAUUGAAUGCAGGCAUUCUGUCUAGUAGCAGCUUGAAGAGCGCAGACUCAUUCGUGUUAAAGAUAUUGUUGGGUGCGCAGUCCAUCAAGAUGUGCCUCAGCUGACCAUUUCGCCAUGUUUCUGCAUCCUCUGUGUUGCCAAUGGCAUCUUCUCCUGAAGUGGUCAUGUUUAUGCCGUGCCUCACUUUAAAUUCACCAGCCAGCUGUUGCUGCAUAUGAAGUGGUUCAGCUGCGAAGUGAAAACCGGGGCCUUCUCGGCAAGUAGGGGUUGCAAAAAGACAGUGGACGUUAAACUGCCUCAAUACUGUAAUACUUCAAUCAUAAUAUGGUCGUCAAGCUUAAGUUAUUGCUUGUGUUUUGUAAUAUUGUUGCCUUGCACACAAUUGUUUUCCUAGUUCUUUUUGUGCUGUUUGCCACAGUUUAUUUUAAAAAUAUG